UAAGGAAGUAAUAAAUUAUUUUCUAUUUAAAAAGUGUAAAAAAUCCUUCGAUUUAAACAAAGGAAUAUUUGCACUUGUUAAAAAAUAUAGAGUAUCUAUCCAAUUAUCACAAUUAAUUUUCUAAAUUUACAUUGUUUAUCGAAUUUUUUCUGAACUUUGAUAUCGCAAUGUGUUUUUUCCAGUACAUUUAAACGUAGGAAAUGUGGUGCAUAUAUUGCAUUUUACAGAAUGAACAAACAAUCUUAAAUACGCAUUAGAUAAUUCAGUAAAUAGAGAAAAUUAUCAGCUAAAAAUUGCAUAUUUUACUAAAAUCGGCGCCAUCUUAACGCCAUUGCGCACCCGAAAGAGAGUUUCACUUUCACAACUUAAAAAAUGAAUAAACUUGUUUACAAAUUAAAACAAAAUUCUCCACAUACAUAUGUACACAGCGCAAGCAGCGUGUUAACCUUAACCUAAAAUUAGCAUUUUGUCGAAUAGAAAAUUAAAAUUCACAACAUUAGACCAGGAAAUAAGAUUGAAGAACGCCAGCAAAGUAUUCUUGAAAAAUAAAAUCGUCGAGACCACUUCGAAUACUAAACUAAAUAUCGAAACAAAAAAUCGUAGGACGUUAAAAUGAGGUCCUUCUACGACUGAAUGUGAGCAAAACCUAACAUCGCAUAAUCAAGUCGAUAGUGUAGUUUCAUGGUGUGAGAAUUUUACGAUCGAAAUGUCAAUAGAUUUUGAAAAUUUUACUAUAUAUAAUAGUUUCAAUAGAUAUCCACGUAUUUCCAAGUUUGUGAAUCUAAUAUGUUCCUAAGAAAGUGCCUAUAGGUAAAAUUUAUGGAGAUAUUGAACAUGGGAAACAUCCACGAAAUUUAAUGAAUCUAAAUUUCUUGAUGCCGAAAUAACCCCACUCGGUAAUCGGUUUUGUGUCGAAAAUACCUAGGCCCUUCCUGUGAUAGUGAACGCACAAGUGGACCUUCUGUGCUAUGUUCGGUAUGCGAGAGUUGUGGGGAUUCCCGUCAGAGCGAACGGACCACAACACAAAAUAAUUCACGCUCUGCACCAGAGACCUGUUUGGGAGCGAUAAAAAAACCAUCGACCUCAUCCGAACAAUUGUAAACGCGUUUCAAUUGCCGGGGAGAAAUCGAAAUUAUUACAUUUGUCAACCCGAUCGGUUUCGACCAAGGGAACAGCCGGCAGGCGACCAGUGAUGCAGAGCAGGAAGCAAUGCUGCCAAAUCUGCCUCCUCUUCUCGGGCAUUGUCCUAAUAUGCAUCGGCGCCAGCAUCAUCAUCUUCUUCGAGCCGGUCUACGAGUUCGUCAUCAACUAUAACUUGAAAUUCGCGCCCGGCAAGCCGGCUUACGACAACUGGCUGAGGAGCCCACCGGUCCAGACCGAUUACUACUUCUUCAAUUGGACCAACGCCGGUAACAUCAAUGCAUCGGUUAAACCAGAAUUUUCGGAAACGGGGCCUUAUAGGUUCUACGAAAUCAAAGGCAAAGCCAACGUGACGUGGAAUGAGAAUUUCGUCGAGUACGCCACUACAACAACAGCCUUCUUCGACGGAAAACCCAGCGAUAGGAACCUCAGUGAUGUUAUCACCACCAUUAAUCCUGUUGCUUUAAGUAUUAGUUAUUCUACCAGGUUUCAAAAUUUUUGGGCUAAAAAGUUAGUAUCGUUUGGACUGUCGUCGAAAAUACAAAAUAUAUCGAUUACGAAAUCCGUGGGUGAAUUGCUUUACGAUGGAUACGACGAUCCUAUAUUAGGAUUAUUGUCUAAAAUAAUGUCAGCGCCGAAGAAGGGAGGUUUCAUGUUCGGGAGAAACGGUACCGCAGGACUUGAUGGAACGUACGCCAUGUAUUACAAAAACGACGAGAAAUUCGGCACCAUCCUCAGAUGGAAUGGUGAAAGUCACAUGGAUUAUUACAAAGGAAACUGUAACUACAUAGGAGGAUCCGCCGGUGAAUUUCUACCAUUAAAUAGACGCAGAGAUCGCAUUUUGCUCUACUCUUCAGACCUUUGCAAGACUCUGGUACUGAAUUACGUCGAAGACGUCACCGUAAAAGGCGUCAAGGGGUUUAAAUACUCGGCAGAAUACGGGUUUGAUAACGGGACUGAGUACCCGGAAAAUUCGUGCUUUUGUACAGGCGAAUGCAUGCCCACCGGCGUUUUUAAUGUAUCUUCCUGCCGUUUGGGAUCCCCCACAAUGCUAUCAUUUCCACACUUCUUCAAUGCAGACCCCAUUUACAGGGAUUCCGUAAAAGGCAUGAGGCCCAAUAAAACUCUGCAUGAAUUUUACAUGAUUGUGGAACCUAAAGCUGGUAUCAUAAUGGAAGUUCAGGCACCGAUGCAAGUGAAUAUGCUGCUUCAGCCUGUUUCAAAUAUACGGCUGUUCCAGAAAGUGCCUAAAAUCGUAAUGCCGAUCUUCUACGUGGUGCACACGGCCCAUCUGUCUGAUGAAAUAGCCGAAGGGCUGCGUUUCCUGCAAAAUCUGCCGGACUACGGUGUGUAUUUCCUAUACUCGGAGGUCAUUCUGGGUUGCAUAAUAUCUGCGAUAGGCGUAUGUUGGAUAGUGCUCCGCCACAAAUCCGGAGGUUGGUCCAAAAAGAAUAAAACCACGUCCAUUAUCUUGCCCGAGCAAGUCCCGCUCAAUGAGAAGAAUACAGGGAUAGGGUGGAGAUGAUAAAGUAUUUUUUUUAUUUUGUACCUAUAUUGUUAUUGUUAAUAAAUUAUUUUUAC